AUGGAUGAAACGACUGAUCAGAGCUCUUUAAAACAAUGCUGUUUUACUGCUGUUGUCUAUGAUGAGAACACCAAUAAGGUAGAGCAUUUGUUUCUGGAUAUGGUGGAAUUGUCAUCAGGAACUGCUAAGGGACUGUAUGACUGUUUACAUCAAAUGCUUCGAAAUAAAAACAUAUCGAUAGAAAACAUGGUAGGGUUUAGUUCAGAUACCACAAACGUGAUGGUUGGAGAACAUUGCUCUGUUUUUGCUCUUCUUAAAAAAGAUUUGCCUCACAUUGCUCUGGUGAAAUGUUCUUGUCACAUGAUACACCUAUCAUCAUCUAAAGCUUGUCUUAAAUUGCCUCGAAACGUUGAAGAUUUUUUGCGUUCUGUUGGAGCUCACUUCAGUAGAAGUUCACAAAGACAACUAAAAUUUAGAGAGUUUCAAGAAUUCUUUCAAGUGGAGAUUCACAAAAUUCUCACACCAGCUCAAACUCGAUGGCUCUCGCUGAAAGCGUGUAUAGACCGUGUCUUAAAGCAGUAUACUCCAUUAAAAGCCUACUUGACAGAAACAGUCUUCUCAGAUCCGUCGAAGACUACCGAAGAAAUGCUGAUUACAAUGAACAACCAAUUCACUGUGGUAUAUUUGGAGUUCAUGUCUUACGUACUUGCACUGGUAACAAAAUUCAAUGUCUUGUUUCAAUCAGAAACUUCCCUUCUUUACAAAUUGAAACCAGAAGUCGAAAACCUUUUGAAAACGUUGUCUUCUAAUUUCAUGAAAAUUAGCUAUAUCAAGUCCUGUGCUAAUAUUUUAAACGCAGACUUCAAAAACCCAACACAUUUUCUAAGUUUAAACGAAAUAUAUAUUGGAUUAAAGGCUGGAGAAAGUAUUGAAAUUUUAAAAAAUGACGAAAAUGUACCUCGUGCUGCUAUUGCAGAUUUCUAUAGAACCUGCCAGGAGUUUUAUAUUGAAUUGACGUCAGAUAUUACCAAGCGAUUUGAUUUUGGGGAUCCUCUAUUUUCUAUUAUAUCCGCUGUAAAUCCAUCAGAAGCUCAACAGUUUCUAAUUAAAUCACUUGUGCCUGUGCUGAAGCGAUUUCCAGUGCUUUAUAAAUUUGUGACCGCACAAAAAUUAGAUGACGAGUGGCGAACUCACGCUUUGUUAGAUUUUGAGCAACAUGGGCUUGAAAUUCAUGGAGAUAACAUCAAUGCCGAAAGUUACUGGGGUAAAGUAUUUCGCCUUAAAAAUGCUGCGGGAGAAUACAUGUUUCCAAACAUAAAAAUUGUUAUGUCUUUGUUGCUCAUAUUGCCAUUUUCAAACGCGUCGGUCGAAAGAAAAUUUAGGGCGCUUCGAUGUUUAAAAACAGAAAAUCGCAAUCGGCUAAAUACAGUGCUACUAACGCAUUAUUACAAUGUUCACAAGAAAUGCGGGUUCUUCGCGAGAAUGAAACAAACUUUUCUGUUUAUUGAAAUCGAAGACGUGUGUUGUCUCAAAGCCAUUUUCUAUGCAGUUGGCAUUGACGGAUGGUUGAAUGGAAUGUCUAAACAACAUCUUUCUAAGUAUGUAGCGGAACUCGAGAGGGCUCGGGUUAUCUUGUGCCCGACCGCGAGCCCUAAUGCAGGAAAAAAAAGUUCCAAGUUGUCCUGCGAACAUUUAAAAGUCAACAAAUAUUUAAUUGGAAUUUGCUCUAGUGUACACAAAUCAUUAACAGACAAUGACCUCAUUCAAUUAGAAGACCUAGUGGCGCUUGACUCACCGUCGCUAUUAGAAACACCGUCUCCGAGGCCAACUUCACCACCACCUGUGAGAGAUGCUUGUGAGGACUUUUCGCCUGAUGACGACAGCGAUUACGAACCACCCAAUGAUCGUGGUGCUUUAAGUUCGGAUUCAGAAAAUAUCCCUCCAAAUGAAGAGACUCUGCAAACGAACGAAGAGAAAAUGGAAAGAAGACGCUUAUUUUACUGGGAAAUUGAGAAUGCCUUAUCGGAAUAUGUUGAUAUACCUUCCGAUGAUGGCAGUUAUGCCGGUUGCGAUAGUUCGGAUAUCGUAGAUGAGGUCAUCAUUGAAGGACAGAAUAAGACGAUGAGAAAUUUUUAUCGAAGAAGACUUCCAAGGUACAGACCUACGUAA